AGUGUUCAGGCGGCCAUGUGUGACAAUGGCAGCUGCACAUGCAGUACGGAGGAGCGUGCAGGAGCUGGCACAGGAGGUCCGGGAGCUCCAUGGAUCAGACGGUAUCUCUUACUUGGAGGAUCCUCCAACGGCACUACAGUUUCAUCGGGAUUGGCUGAGUCCGAACAGACCAUGCAUUAUACGCAAUGCCUUCAACCACUGGCCAGCCCUACACAAGUGGACGUUCGAUUACCUCCGGACCUGUGUAGGAUCUAAGUGUGUGAGCGUGGCUGUAACUCCUAAUGGUUAUGCCGAUGCUGUAUACAAGGACAGAUUUGUCAUGCCCCAGGAGCGAUCCAUGAAGCUGGUGGAUGUCUUGGAUCUCAUUGAGAAGAAAACCAGCAGCCCAGGAGUGUAUUACAUUCAGAAACAGUGCUCCAAUCUGACAGAGGAGUUCCCAGAGCUGAUAGGAGAUGUGGAGAGUCAUAUACCAUGGAUGAGUGAGGCUUUAGGAAAGCACCCAGAUGCUGUUAAUUUCUGGCUGGGAGAGUCUGCAGCAGUGACUUCAUUACAUAAAGACCACUACGAGAACCUAUAUUGUGUCAUCUCUGGAGAAAAGCACUUUAUUCUUCACCCACCAACUGACCGACCGUUUAUCCCAUAUGAGCUAUACCAGCCAGCAACGUACCAAGUUAGUGAAGAUGGAUCAUUUCAAGUAGUUGAUGAGGAAUCUACAGACAAGGUGCCUUGGAUCCCUGUUGAUCCACUGGAUCCAGAUCUAAGUAUGUACCCAGCAUAUAGUCAGACACGACCACUCCAUGUCACUGUAAGGGCAGGAGAAAUGCUGUAUCUACCCUCUCUGUGGUUUCACCAUGUGCGCCAGUCCCAUGGCUGCAUUGCAGUGAAUUACUGGUACGACAUGGAGUAUGACAUCAAAUAUCAUUAUUUCCAGCUCCUCGACUCUCUCGCUAAUGUCAUCAAGAACUCCUGAUUGAAUAUAAAGCAUGAAGCCAACAUGGAAGAGAAGAUGAUGUGACUGUCUUAUGCUGCUGUAUUUAAUUCUAGCACAGAUGAAGACUAUAGUAUAUAGUUAUGGAAGCAGACAUUGCAAUGUGUUGAAGCCAUCGG